CUUCUACAACAUUCAUCAUUCACCAGGCAUCAUAAGAGUUCAACCCGCACAUCAUCCACAGUUGGAUAGAAUUCAAUAAUACAAGUUCUUUGCUAUCUUGCAGGGGAUCCCAAAACCCCACUACAAUUUUGAUACAUACUCGCUAUUCGCCAUCGUCGCAUACCCGUGCUCGCUGUCACUGGUCCGGGGCUACUAGGUAAUAACUCAUCAAACCCUUGCUUCCGUUGUAUUGGGCCCCUGAGCCGUGCAACCCCAGCUGCCUCGCCAUUAUUGGUCAAUUGCGUCCAAUCGAAGCAAUCGAAGGCCGAGAAGAUGACCGUUGUUCCCUCAAAAGUGGUGCUCGAUAUAGCCAGUGAUACGAGCUCCAAUGAAGACGAUCACUUUUCUUAUGACAGCCUCGAAUUAAACAACUCUUCUAUCCUUGGUGAACUCUCUGUUUCUCAACUACAGAAUCGGCCUUCGAGUACCGACUCCAGCUCAACAAUUGACUCCCUCACGACUGACCUGAAGAAACUUCACAUAGAUACUGAGAAGUGCAGAAACGGAUUCAAGUGGAAAGAUACCUCCAAGAACCAGGGUCGGCGUCGCUUAACAAGACCAGCAAUUGCAGCUAAUACCUUCGAGGUUCUCGCAACUGUUCCAGAAGACGAGCCGCAACGCGCUUCAACAUCUGCCACGAAGAGUGUUUCAGGCAAGACACAACAUCUCGAACUUCCAGCUCCGUCUGAGGAAAUCCCGAAUCACCCAUUGGCUGUGCUUGCGCGCAAAGGCAUUCCCUCAGCUGAGGAACAGAUCGCAAAGCAUCGCGACGGCUGGUUUGAGGGUAUCCUUUCUUCAAAAUUUCCAAUCACAACUCCCACUUCAGACCCCACCACACCUCCUAGGCUCAGAAAGGUUCAUUUCGGCUUCAAUCUCCUACCGGCUGAGGAUAGCACCAAACACGAUAAUCCAGACGAGGUUGCUGCGCCUGUGAAGUUUACAAUACUCUUGACGCCGUUGGCUCCGGGAGAAGAGUUGUUAGCUGACGUCGGACCUAAGGGUGAAGGGGACAUGGCUCUUGCAGAACCUAACACGAGUAGUCAACUCGCGCCGGUGAAAGAGUUGGAAACAUCGUCAACGGAUGGAACUCGGCAGCCUAGGUCAGCAUCCACAAGCCCCGCCGCGAACAGGGGAAAGCGCAUAGAGGGAAUGGCACCGAGAUCACCUGCACAGCCUAUCGCUAGAAUCGAGGAUUCUGUGGAAGCGCUCGAUAAACUCGAAGAGCAGCUAGAAGCGUUCGAUGUGGCGGCCCAUUUCAGACGAAUCGUCUCCCCGGAUGAGGAGGGCCCAGAAAACAAGUCUUCGACGCAAUCGUUAUCCGUUAAGACCAGCGAAGCGAAGAGGUCCCGGUCCGUGACACCACAACCAAAGCAAACUACCCCAUCAAAGGCUGCCUCUUCUGUUAGAGUCAAGGCGACCAGUGAACCUCGACGAUCUGUGCGUAAGGCGACAUCGAUGGUUUUCCUGGACCCUCCAAAGCUGAGGAUCGAGGGUAAGCCAGCGGCUCAAGAUCCACCGAGGAAAUCAACUACAAAGGGUAUAGCAAGUCUCCUACCGCCAAAACAGCCUCCCAAGUCAACAAAGAAACCCACUAUCCCUACUUUUGAAUUGCCUGGUGAUGAGGUCGCUCGGAAAUUGAAAGAAAAGCGCGAGGCCCGAGUCUCGACACAAUUUUCUGUAGAGCAAUUGACAAAGCCGACUGUAUCAAGUCUUCGACGUGCUAAGUCAGCCAGAACUCUACCCCGACCUAACUUUGAGUUGCCAGGAGAGGCCAUCUCCCGUCGUAAGCGCGAAGAACGCGAGGCGCAGUUAAAGGCACAAGAGGAAGAGGAACGGAAGAGACGGGAAUUCAAGGCGAGACCAAUCCGCUCAAGCGCAGCGCCUAGUACUUUCCCUCGUGAGACGAUUGCGAGCCGAGCUCGACAGAAUAAGGGGCACCUGGUAGAGAACUCGGGCCAAGUUGCGUCUGGUUUUAGCAAAGAUGUAUCUCCAAUCCUGAAUACUACUCCGCGCCCUCCCCUCUCAAAGACGAACAACCAGACUCAGCCGCGAGGCCGAGGACUCCAUCCUGAUCCAAUCGGAGUGCAGCCGGUUCGCGGUACAUCAAGCUCCACGUCUGGAAGUACUAGCGCACAGCGUAGUUCGGUAUCAACGGAAGAAGUACAACAGCAGAGACUUCGCGGUCAGGAGAUAUACAAGCGAGACAACUCGUGGGCUGGUGAACGAGAGCGGGAAAAGCGCGAAAGGGAAGCGUUAGCCAAACUCGCUCGAGAAGAAGCCGCAGAACGAUCCCGACAGCAGAGCCGCGAAUGGGCGGCCAAGCAAGCGAAGAAAAGGAUGACUAUAGCUUCGUUGCGAGAUGUUAUGGCUUAAGAGCUCACAAUUAUAAACGUUGUGCUGAUACAGGUAUGUAAGAAUAUUGGCGAGGGGAUUGGGGUGUAUUAUUUCGUGCGACUGCAUACUGCGUUGGGGUGUUUUGAAAGGACAGAGCCCGGCGUUCACUGGUACGUCAUGGCCUGAUCAUCUUGGUGUUUUCCGAGGCAUUAUUGGGGUAAAGGGUACAGGUAUAGGUACAGGUACGGUCAUUGCCGACUUCGCGUUGGCCUCACACGGUUGUAUCAUUGUUUUUAAUGCAUUAG